UGGCGAAGAGGAUUGAGGAAUCUGGGUUGUGUGAUGUGGAAUUUGAUCCGAGGGGUUUGAUACCGACGGCGAAGGGUCAGCAUCGUAUAUCCUUUUGUUGCCUUGACUUGUGGUUUUUUUUUUUUUUUUUUUUUUUUUUUUUUUUUUUUUUUUUUUCUUUUGUAGUUCUUUGGUAGUGUAUACCCCAUGUUUCUUAUGUGUUUGUUAUCUCUUGUAGAUGGGGGUAUCACCUUUGCGGCGCUUCGAGCUAAGGCGAAUGGGUCGUCGAAGAAGGUUCCCUCUAUGUUGGGAGGUUCUUCAAAUGGUUUGCCUCGUGAGGAGGUCCAUGUAGAAAGUCCUCGAGUAGUCGCAGAUGACCGUAGCAGUGCUGGUGAAGUGGAGGGGCGUCCACCGACGAGGGAUCGUGGCAAGGGAAAGAGGGUGGAUACCGAGUAUGUGGUUGUGCCUAAGCGUCCACGGGUAGAAGCAGAGGAGACUUAUGCUUUCCAUGGUGGGGGAGGGAAACAAUUGUUUACCUAUGGUGUGAAUCGCGACGGUAAGGAGUCGUAUUGGGAUGUGUCAGACCAUGAUCUGCCUAUGUUGAGUACCGAGGGAUUCAUUCGGGAGUAUGAUCGUGCUCGGAUGUCUGGUAAGGGCCCUUCUCACAUGUUGGAGUUAGCCGGUGGGGACAUAUGUCGGGUGAGUCUUUGUUUAUUUAAAACAAGAUUAGAUGUUACUCGAUAUCUCGUGGAGCACGGUAGGAAUGUGGAAGCUAGGAAGGAAGAGGAUCGGGCUCGAAGUCAAGCGCGUGAGGAUGAGCUUCUAAGCCAGUUGGAGGAAGCGCGGUCCGAUCUUGCUCUACGCUCUGAAGAGCUUGCUCGGAGGACAGAGGAGCUUGCUGAGAGGACAGAGGAGCUCGAGGUUAUCCGAGGUGAUGCCAAGGCGUAUAAGGAUGAUGUUCAUAAGUUGAACGAAUGCUACGACCAGCUCAAAGAGAAAUAUGAAGUUGAGAAGGCGACGGGGAAGAGGUUCCUCACGACAUCAGGUGGUGUGGCUUAUAGGGAGUCCGUCGUGGAGGAAACCAAGGCUAGCUUUCGACGUAGUGACGAGUGUGCUGCUAUGAUUGAGGAGCAUGCAUUGGCUGUGGUUUAUAAGCCAUUAGUGCGUGCUUGUCGCAAGUAUCUGGGCGAUGCGGGUGGUAUCAGCGAGAAAGUGAUUCGUGGGAUGGAAGCUGGCAUAUCCGACGAAGAGGAGGAUGAGGUAGAUGUCAAUGGGACGGGCACAAAGCUCGUGAAUGAUAUGGUUGCGGAUGAUUCCACCGUGGGUGCGUCUUCCGCUCGUGGUAGGGGAGUUUAGACUUAUCUGUUAGGAUAGUUAACUUUCCCCUUUUAUUUUUAUUACUAUUAUUUUCCUUUUUUUUUUUUUCUGCUAUGGAUUUCGUAGUUUAUUUUUAUCGCUGAUGUGGAUGGGUAUGUCCACUACUAUUUCGUUUGAAUUCUUCCUUGUUUGACUUUGAAGUUUAAUAUUUCGAUUUAUUUAUUUUGACAUUGUCGAGAAUUAAUGCGUUGCUUAUAUGUAUUUACAUUAGCAUAUACGCGAUGUACUUGAGGAGGGGAUCAGUCUCCCAAGGUUUUUGGUAUGGGUCGUGCCCUUUGUUCGGACCGCGUGGGUCUUAACUAUAUUUGUCCGUGGCCACGAUUUAAAAUUAAUACCUCGUGAAACAAAUAAAGGGACUUAGACAAUCCAGCUGGCCAGGCUAUAUGGAUUUUCUAAGUCUCUCUAAGUGUUUGUAAGGUUGUUUUGAAUUGGACUCUUGGUAAGAGGUAACUUGUGUAGAUGUGAUAGCACAAAGAGUAAGGCAAAAUAGAAUUGAUUAAUUCGAUGAUAGCAAAGUUGCAUUGUUACAAGCCUAUGUGAGGCGAAUGUAAAUAAAUAGUUAAUAUGAUAGGUC